UUCAAAAGAAGAAGACGUUCAGACUGAUGAUCAAGAAUUUAAGAAAAAGGUAGAUAGAUAUAAGUGGAUAUUUGAUGAUCCCGGAGGAUAUGGUUCAGAUAUACCACACUAUAAGGUGAAUAGAUGGAAACGUGAGUUUGACGGUUCAACUUCAGAUGAG